AUGGGGUUUUGGGAAUUUGUUAGUAAAGUAGUAAUAACCACUACUGUUGGUAUUAUAUUAGGCCCUGCUGCUAUUCCUGUCGGUGCUGCUGUCUGGGGUACAAGUGAAAUAAUUAAACAGAAUAGUGAUAAUAAGGAUGUUCGAGGAGUUUUUGGCUUUAUUAGUGAUUGCGGUCGCGAAACUUUUACUGGUGAAGUAAUUGGCUUGGCUGCUCAAGGAGCUGUUACGGUAGUAGAAAUAAGUAAAACAAUUAGUUCGACAACAGCAGAGCAAAAACAGCAGCAAAAAAAGCAGUUGGAGAAUACUUCAUA